GUAGAUGGAAAACACAUAAGGCUAAAGUGUCCUCCAAAUUCCGGGACUUUAUUUUACAAUUAUAAAAAAUAUUAUAGUAUCGUUUUAAUGGCAGUGGCAGAUCAUUUAUACAGAUUUACCUUAGUUGAUAUAGGGGCUUAUGGAGGAAACAGCGAUGGGGGAAUUUUUAGUGAUUCUCAGAUAGGAUUAAAUUUAAAUAAUGAGCAGUUAAAUCUACCGAAAGGAACUAUUAAUCUUCCCGGUAGUACUUUGAAGACAUUUGGGUUUUUCAUUGCUGAUGACGCUUUUAAACUCUCAAAUAGAAUCAUGAAACCCUAUUCUGGUAAAAAUUUGAGUGAUAAACAGAAAAUUUGCAACUACAGAUUUUCUAGAGCACGCAGAACUGUUGAAAGUGCCUUCGGAAUUCUUGCCAAUAAAUGGAGGAUACUUCAUACAGCUAUUUGUAUGCUACCAGAAACGGCUAAUAUAAUUACUACAGCUUCGGUUUGUUUACAUAAUUAUGUGCUAAAGGAAGAACAACGAAGUGGCUAUAAAUUUUACAGUAAAGAAAUAACUCCAGAAAAUAAUAUAAAUCAGAAUCCAACGUGGUUUCCAUUAUCAAAUGUUGAAGAAUGCAGUGGUAACGUCAGAGAUGCUCAAAAUCAACGAAACACAUUAUGCGAAUACUUUGUCUCUCCAACUGGAGAAUUGGCGUGGCAGUACGACUUUAUCCGUAGAGGUGUACAUGCAGAUAAUUAAACUGAAGUGUAAACAU